UUUCUUAUCAGCCUUCUGCCACUGGUCUAAAUUGUCAGAGCCAGCUGAGACAAGUUUUCCUUUUUUCUCUUCCGCCCCAGAAGCAUCAACUCCGACCAGCAUUUUGGGAAGCCUAGACAAAGUUCUGACAUGCUUGUAAUGAACCUCUUUUUCCGCUCUUCUUUACUUUUUUUCUUUUCUUUCGUCUUUUUCCAUUGUAAAAAAAUCCAAAGGAACAACAAAAAAGACUACUUUAUAUUUUUUUAUACUAAUUAUUUUGAUAUCCAAACACUUCAUCCAUACCUUCCAUUCUCGGUAUGCAGUCCCAUCCUCAUUACGAUACGAACAAUACCUGGUCUCCGUCACCACCUUUGCCGCCUCCGCACCGAGAUUAUCCUAGCUCCGGUUAUCAUUCACCCAGUCCGCUGCUCGAUUCCUCCGCUCACCAACCAGGUUUUCGUCAUAUACCAAAUGGGGAUUAUCCGAACGGCGACAUGGAAAAGAGUGAACACAAGCGGAAGAGAAAGCGUAUGGCCGACCGCAACGGUUGUGCACGUUGUCUUUGUUGCGCAUGUUGCUUGCCACUUUGGGCCACUUGUAUUCUGUGGUUUAUUAUCAUUGCUAUUAUUAUCGUCGUCCUCGUAUUGGGAACGAUUUUUGCUACUUUUACCAUGCCAACCAUUGACAUGGCCGGCGUCACCUCCAGUCCCAACAACGGGUCUCAGAUCUCUUUCCACGAUGAUACCUUUAGCAUCAACUUCGGCUUGUUAAUUCACAUCAACAAUCCCAACUUAUUGAAACUUAAGCUUUCCAAUAUCAAUGCCACCGCAUAUUAUCCGCCGAUCCAUGGAUCCUCAAAGACACCGGUGGGAGGUGGUUUUGUCCAGCACCUGGACGUACCGAAAUAUACCGAUUUCAACUUUACUUUUCCAUUUGCGAUUGUAUACAGCCCUACGUUCGAUCGUGAUCAAAGUGUGCUCAAUAGUAUCGCCAAUAAAUGCGGUUUGACCGGUGGGUCCGUACAAGAUAUCACAGUAGACUAUACGAUCCAAUUGACUGCCAAAGUAUUAUUUGUCACGGUUCAUCCGACCAUUGACAGCAGUUCCACCUUCAAAUGUCCAUUGACGAACAAUGGAUUGCCGUCCCUUGAUGACGGUUUGCUUAUUUUCGCAAUAGCCAAUCAAAUCCAAUCGUAAUAAACAUGAGUCACUUUGAUCGCAUACCAAAAAAGUAAGCGAAGUAAAAAAAAAAAUUGAAUCAAAGGG